AUGAGGCUCGGAGUUUGCCACGGUUGGGGUUGCCACGGGAUGAAUCUUAGGCCGUGGCAAAAUGCAGGGGGAAUGUCCAAUGCCCGGGGUUUGCCACGAGAGGAGUGCCACGGGAUGAAGACCUGGCCGUGGCUAAGCAAAAGCGAAGCGGCCAAGGUUCGUGGGAUGACACGUUCUACAAGACACGAGUCCAAGAUGUGGCCGUGGCAAAGCAAAUGGUGCACAACCCCGGUUCGGCCUUUGCCACGGAAGCUGAAUGCAGCGACCAGGAAAUAUCACUUUCCAUUGCCCUUUAUUGAUCAGAUGCUGGAGAGACUUGCAAGCCAUCCCUACUACUGCUUCCUCGAUGGGUACUCAGGAUUUUUCCAGAUCCCUAUCCACCCAGACGAUCAGGAGAAGACCACCUUUACAUGUCCAUACGGCACUUUCGCAUAUCGCAGGAUGCCCUUUGGACUCUGUAAUGCUCCUGCGACGUUUCAGAGAUGUAUGAUGUCCAUCUUCACUGACAUGAUUGAGGAUUUCAUGGAGGACUGUCUGGAUAAUCUCUGCAAGGUUCUAGCUCGCUGUGAAGAGAAACACUUGGUCCUUAACUGGGAAAAGUGUCACUUUAUGGUCAGAGAUGGGAUUGUGCUUGGACACAAGGUUUCUGCAGCUGGUAUCGAAGUGGACCGUGCGAAGAUCGACGUCAUGACGAGCUUGCCACCACCCGAUUCUGCGAAAUCGGUUAGAAGUUUUCUGGGUCAUGCAGGCUUCUAUCGUCGCUUCAUCAAAGAUUUCAGCAAGAUUGCACGCCCUCUUACUGCUCUGCUCUGCAAAGAUGCUAAGUUUGAGUUUACAGAUGAGUGCCUUGCUGCGUUCGAACAGAUCAAGCAUGCCCUGAUAAGCGCCCCCAUUGUGCAGCCUCCUGACUGGAAUUUGCCUUUUGAGGUGUUGUGUGAUGCUAGUGAUUUUUCUGUUGGUGCUGUUCUAGGACAGAAGAAGGAUAAAAAGCUUCAUGCCAUCUACUAUGCCAGUCGAACUUUGGAUGAUGCUCAAAGGAAUUAUGCUACUACUGAGAAAGAGCUACUUCCUGAGACCAGUUCAGCUGCUGUAUCCGCUACCCAACGCCCUUGGUAUGCCGAUAUUGCCAAUUAUCUCGCUGCAGAGGCUGAGCCUGAGAACUUUAAGGGCUAUGCAAAGAAGAAGUUCCUGAGAGAGCUGCGAAGAUACCACUGGGAUGAGCCAUAUCUGUACAAGCACUGUUCUGAUGGGAUUUACAGAAGAUGCAUUGCAGAGUCAGAAGUUCCAGAAGUGCUGUUUCAUUGUCAUGGAUCCGAAUAUGCUGGACACUUUGCAACAUUCAAAACAGUGUCUAAGGUUCUUCAAGCAGGCUUCUGGUGGCCCACCAUGUUUCGCGACGCACAUGCAUUCAUCUCGCAGUGCGAUGCUUGUCAGAGGAGAGGAAAGAUCAGCAAACGACAUGAGAUGCCACAGAAUUUCAUCCUUGAGGUUGAGGUAUUCGACUGCUGGGGUAUCGAUUUCAUGGGUCCUUUUCCCUCUUCUUAUGGGAACAAGUACAUCCUGGUUGCUGUUGAUUAUGUCUCAAAGUGGGUCGAAGCCAUUGCCAGUCCCACCAACGACUCUUCAGUGGUCCUUAAGAUGAAGCAUGGAGUUCAUCAUCGAGUUGCCACUCCUUAUCACCCUCAGACGAGUGGACAGGUCGAAGUCUCGAAUCGUCAGAUCAAAGAGAUUCUGGAGAAGGCAGUGGGAAAAACUCGAAAGGAUUGGGCUGCGAAGUUGGACGAUGCACUCUGGGCGUACAGGACAGCGUUCAAAACACCUCUAGGCACCACACCUUUCCACCUGCUCUAUGGAAAGCCCUGUCACCUUCCAGUGGAGAUUGAACACAAAGCAGCCUGGGCGAUAAAGCUGAUGAAUUUCGACAUCAAGUCUGCUGCAGAGAGGAGACUGAUACAACUGAAUGAGUUGGACGAAAUCAGGUACCAUGCCUAUGAGAAUUCGAAGUUGUACAAAGAGAGGACCAAGGCGUAUCACGAUUCCGAAAUCCUCUCCAGGCAACUCGAACCGAAUGAUCAGGUACUUCUGUAUAAUUCUCGUUUGCAAUUGUUUCCUGGUAAACUUCGUUCUCGAUGGUCAGGUCCUUUCAUAGUCAAAGAGGUUCGCCCCUAUGGUGCUAUCGUCCUCCUCACACCAGAUGGUAGCAGGGAGUUCACAGUCAAUGGACAAAGGGUGAAGCACUACUGGGCCAAAGCUGAGAUUCCGGAUGGACAUAUCGUGCCUCUGGAUGGUGCACCUCCUGCUUGA